GAUAUAAAAGGAACAAACUUUUCACAGCAGAUACAUCUGACCAAGAAGCAGAAACAACUCUUCUGAAAGCAGCCGACAAAGACACCUCAACUGAUGAGGCCGAGUUGAAGACUCUCUCUGCUCCGAACAAACUACUGAAGGCUCAUCCUCUCCUAGACUUCCUCUCGUCUUGCCUAUCGGCUCGCUCUCCAGACUCCACCACCACCAUGCCUCCUCAGAUUCCCUCCCAGAACCAGAACGGUCCCAGGAUCCUGCAGGGCGAUCUCAGCGCCCUCAGCCCGGCCGUCAAGGAGUUUGUGGACGCCAACGUGACUCUGUGCCAGCCCGACUCCCUCCACAUCUGCGACGGCUCCGACGAGGAGAACCGUGCCAUCCUGACCCAGCUGGAGGUGCAGGGGAUGAUCAAGAAGCUCAACAAAUAUGAGAACUGCUGGUUGGCCAGGACCGACCCGAGAGACGUGGCCCGCGUGGAGAGUAAGACUGUGAUCGUGACCCGGGACCAGAGGGACACGGUGCCCACGCCGCUGGACGGCGGGGUCAGCCAGCUGGGCCGCUGGAUGUCCCCAGAAGAGUUCGACAAAGCGAUGGCUCAGCGGUUCCCCGGCUGCAUGAAAGGUCGCACCAUGUACGUGAUUCCCUUCAGCAUGGGUCCAGUAGGUUCCCCCCUCUCUAAGAUCGGAGUGGAGCUGACGGACUCUCCCUACGUGGUGGCCAGUAUGAGGGUGAUGACCCGUAUGGGGAAUACCGUGCUGUCCGCUCUGGGGACGGGCGAGUUCGUCCGCUGUCUGCACUCCGUCGGCUGUCCUCUGCCGCUCAAAACGCCCUUGGUGAACAACUGGCCCUGUAACCCCGAGCAGACGCUGAUUGCCCACAUCCCAGACCGUAGGCAGAUUGUCUCAUUCGGUAGCGGUUACGGAGGAAACUCCCUGCUGGGGAAGAAGUGCUUCGCUCUGCGCAUCGCCUCACGUAUCGCCAAAGAGGAGGGCUGGCUGGCCGAGCACAUGCUGAUCCUGGGCGUCACCAACCCUGCUGGGGAGAAGAAGUACAUGGCGGCAGCCUUCCCCAGCGCCUGCGGGAAGACCAACCUCGCCAUGCUCUGCCCCACGCUGCCCGGCUGGAAAGUCGAGUGUGUGGGAGACGACAUCGCCUGGAUGAAGUUUGACGACCAAGGCAACCUACGUGCAAUCAACCCUGAAAACGGCUUUUUCGGAGUUGCUCCCGGCACCUCAGUCAAAACCAACCCCAACGCCAUGGAGACCAUCAUCAAGAACACCGUUUUCACCAAUGUUGCAGAGACCAGCGAUGGCGGUGUGUACUGGGAGGGAAUGGACCAGUCACUGCCGGAGGGAGUCACCCUCACCUCCUGGAAGAACAAGCCCUGGAGUUCAGAGGAUGGUGAACCCUGUGCUCAUCCCAACUCUCGUUUCUGCACUCCGGCCGGGCAGUGUCCCAUCAUCGACCCACUGUGGGAAUCCCCGGAGGGAGUCCCCAUCGAGGCAAUCAUCUUCGGAGGGCGCAGGCCACAAGGUGUCCCUCUGGUCUACGAGGCUUUCAGCUGGCAGCACGGAGUGUUUGUCGGAGCAGCCAUGAGGUCAGAGGCCACCGCUGCAGCCGAAUACAAAGGCAAGAUGAUCAUGCACGACCCCUUCGCCAUGCGCCCCUUCUUCGGCUACAACUUCGGCCAGUACCUCUCUCACUGGCUGAGCAUGGCCGACCGCCCCGGCGCCAAGCUCCCCAAGAUCUUUCACGUCAACUGGUUCCGCAAGAGCCCCACCGCCGGAUUCCUCUGGCCCGGUUUCGGAGACAACAUCCGUGUGCUGGACUGGAUGUUCAGGCGGGUGAAUGGUGAGGCCGGCGCCACGCCCUCCGCCGUGGGCUACCUGCCCUGCUGCGACUCCCUGAACCUCCAGGGCCUGCAGGGCCACGUGGACCUCAAAGAGCUGUUCUCCCUGGAUCAGGAGUUCUGGCAGAAGGAGGUGGAGGAGGUGAGGAAAUACUUCACCACGCAGGUGAACGUCGACCUGCCCAACGAGGUCGCCCAGCAGCUGGAGCAGCUGGAGCAGAGGGUGAAGCAGAUGUAAAGAGGGGAGAAAAAGUCUGAAGGAGAAUGUUGGUAAUUCAAGAACAACAUAUCAGUAAUUCUAACAUCUCGUCAUUGUUAUAGCGAUGAACUCUGAUUUUACCCUUCUUUGAAGGGGGAGCCUUACGACUUCUUGAAAGAGGAACAAUUCUCCUCUGAUAAUUUUUUUGCUGCUGAAUGAUUUUGAUUCUACCAUGAUUUUUUUUGUUUCAUUAGCUAGAAAUCCUUCCAUUUUUGUGAGAUUAUUAUUCUGAAAAUGUUUAAAUUGGGCUGGCGAUGUUGAGAUGAAGUAAAUGAACUCGUAGAAAUCGUAGAACAUUCCUCACGGUGCUCAUCGUGGCACCAAGUUAAGACUGCUGAUCUGAAUAGGAAAUGUUUCCUUUCACAUGCUGUCCUAACAGCACUACGUUCUUACACUGUUGCUCCAGUGUAUUGUCCCUCUGUAUGUCUGAAUUCUACUAUUUAAUAGUAACUUAUUAUAAGCGCACAUCAUACUUUCAUUGUCAUAUGGAUUUGUGUGGCACCGAAAGAGUUGUUUGACCCCUCCGAACACGGGGGAAAUGUAUGUUUUCUGUUCCUGUCUUUAUUUUGUGUCUUAAUUUAUUUUUAUACACUGUUGGUAUCUCUUGGUUCUGAACAAUAAAGUUAUUUUCAAGGA